AUGAUGAAUGUGGAAAUAAAGCAAGAGGUUAUAUCGGAUGAUGAAGAAGUCGUCGAAGAUGAUCCUUGUCAUGGAACUGUUGAAAUCCUUGAGUAUGAGCAACGACUGCUACUAUCUUCAAUGGAUGAGGAUGUCAUUUUCAUCCAUGCAAGAGGUUUGGGAAUGGAGCGGCUGUUUUUCAACCAUCUCAUAAUGUACUCUGAUCAAAAAUUGUUAACGAUUGUGCUCAACACUUCACCCCAGGACGAGGUUUCCAUUAACCUGCUUAUACAUUGUAUCGCUUACGAGACCAAUGCACCGUGCCUCCCUAAGGUGGUGAAUGCCGAUAUUUCCACGAAAGAUAGAGAAGCUGUAUACCUCGAAGGUGGCGUACAAUUCCUCACAUCUCGUAUACUAUUGGUGGAUUUGCUUACGGACAGAGUCCCUGUCAAAAACAUUGCUGGUAUUCUGGUUUACCGAGCUCAUCAGAUCCUUUCGUCAUUCCAAGAGUCUUUUAUUUUACGAUUAUAUCGCUUUCACCGAUCUGCCUACUCAGUUAGUUCACUUGGUCAACUUCAAAGGGUCAUUGACCGCUUAUACAUAAGAAGCGUUCGUCUUAUUCCGCGUUUCGAUGCCGACGUGAAGCUCACUUUGGAGAAAACUCCGCCUGCCCUGAGUGAACUCAUUGUGGAUCUGCCACCAGUUCUCCGCAGAGUUCACACGACAUUUGUAGAAUUGUUGAAAGUCUGCAUUCGUGAACUCAAGCAGUGUUCUACUGCUGAGAAACAGGCGGUCCUCGAGGAAGACACCAUACAUGUGGCUGUAUAUAGACCGACCCUUUUGGAGAGGCAGUUGAGUCAAAGGCGCCGUUUGAUGGCGGAUCUCACCAUGCUCCGUGAACUGUUACAGAUAGCGGAAGAUAUGGAUCCUGCAACUGUACUGAGCCGCAUCAACGCCAUCAGAAACGAUAAAGAGGCUCACCCAAGAUGGGCAAUAGCUCCACCCAAGUGGCAAGUUUUGGCAUCAGUGUUGGAGGAAAUCAAAAGCAUUCCAGUUCGACAGUGUGAAAUCGGGCCAGAUGGCCCGUCAGUGUUGCUAUUCGUCAAUGAUGAGGCCGUCGUUAGGCAGGUGACUGAUCUCAUCAGAAAUGGCCCCGAGUUUCUUCGCUGGAUGACAAGGCGUUCGCUGGGCAGCGGAGCCGGCAAAGAGCCUGAACGUUCUCCUUUGUGGGAAGUCGAUGACGUUGUCCCCUUCCAGAGAGCAAAUUUGACAUCGGAACCGCGUAAAGAGAUGAUUUCGGAUCUUCAGAAGAAUACAGUUGUGACAGCAAGGGCGUCUAGGAGGCGACGUAAGGUAAAGUUUGUUAGUGUUUCAUAUAUACGC